GUUUCAAUUACCCUAUAUAUAUGAAUACUUCCAUUUAUAUAAGAUUUUUUUACUCUUUAUUACAUUUCCUUUUUAUUUCUUAAUUUCCUUUUUAUUUAACUUUUAUUUAUUAUUUUUUAUUUUUUUAUUGUUUUAAAAAUUUUGUUAUUCUUUUACACAUUUCCUCAACUCUGUAAUUUUACACAAUUGCCUUUAUUUCUUUUAAAAUUUUAUAAUUUAUAUUUUAUUGUGUUUUUUAGCACACUAAUGUGUCCACAUGUGUAAUAUUUACUCCUUCAAAUUUACUACUAAAAUUAUCAUAAUCUACACAAAUAUUAUAAUAAUUCGUUGAAAUAUUAUAAUAAUUUGAGUUUGGGUUAAAUGAGGUUCUGGCUGUUCUGGGUUAUGAAUUUAUUCGAAGGAUAAUAACAUUUAGGAGACUCGAUGAAUAAACGCUCGUCUUCUAUUAUUGAGUUUUUCAUUAACUACUCCAGUGUACUCUGCCUCAUCGACUGUGUUCUUUUACCAAUUAUAGUAUUUAUCUCUGGUCUUCUAAACGUUUUCAACAACUUCGAACAAUUUGAAAAAGCCGCUGGAAUUAUUGAGUUAUGUUUGAUAAUUCCCUUUGGAUGUAUAUCGCUAAUAGUGAAUUUUAAGAGGACGAAGAAUGUGUUUUUAUUCUUAUUUGGAUUUUUGGGAAUUGCAAUUGUAACACUUUCACACUUUCUGCAAUCUCAUAUUCUACACACUGUUUUUUCACUUUUAGGCUGUUUUAUGCUGAUCGGAAGUAACUUUCUAUCCAGGAAAUCUCAUAAACAUCAUCAUAACAAAUUUGAGUCUGAUAACCUCACGCGAGCAUCUACAGAAUCCACAGAAUCUACCGAAUCUACUGAAUCCACACAAACCAAUACUAAAGAACUCAUUAAUCCCAUCUAACAAUAACUCCUAACAUAUUACUCUACACA